UCAACAACACACAUACCCAUCGUACUAUUGCAACCCGCACGUACCUCCCUCCCACAACCACCAACUCCAUAAAAAACUGCCGCCAACACUUGCAUCGCAAUCGCCUCAAAUCCGCGACCACAAGCAUCCGCGUCGCUACCAUGUCCUCGUCCAGCUUCCUCCAGAAAAUGCGCAAGGCGCAGCUCGAGGAGCUCGCAUCCGACCUAGACCUGAGCCCGAACGGCCAGAAGAAGGCGGAUCUCGAGAUCUUGAUCGACUCGUUUCUAAGCCAACACCCAGAGCUGUCCACAGACGCGCGCGUCGCGCCCUUCUACAAGCGCCGCUCGACCAACGAGCUCUCCCCCGUCAAGAAAGAGCAAGUCGCAGCAGAGGAGAAAGUCGUCAAAGUCACCAAGCGACGCGCCACAAAGGCCGCUGACGAACUCUCAAACUUGGUUGACGACUCUGACAUCGAGCCCGCAACCACCCGUGCCCGCUCAGCUUUAACCCGCACCCCCGCGCGCGCUCUCUCCCUCGCGCAAUCCGUCCCCUUUCCCCCCUCCCCCUCCGUCGUCGCCGAUGUUCUCGAGCGCCGCACCGCAGCCCUACGCUCCCAGGUCAUGGAAGUCGCUGUCUCCACAGGCGCUGCCGAAGCCGUUGAGUCCGCGCGGGCCUCGCUCUCGAGCCUCCUCAGCAUCGAGACGAUAAUCCUCUUAUUCGAAGCCGCGAACCUCCGCUCCGAGAUCCUCCCAGACCGCUACGCGUUCUCCAUCCCCGCCCUGCCGAUGCUGAACAGGAAGCCCUACCCAGUCUCGCUACCGGACUUGUUCCUCCUCCUCACCUCGAGCUUCUGGCAGCCAUUCACCCUCUGGCUCGCUACUGCUCUCGUCGUGCCGUUGGCGUUCGCGUACUUCUUCAACCUUACCGCUCGCCCCCGCUCCCGCGGCACACAAAGGUUCGAGUACCAGUUCGACCCGCUCACCUUCAACGUUGCCAAGGCGAUUAUCACCUACGCCGUCUUUUCCCAUGGCGCCACCUUCUGGGGUCUCGUUGAUCCCGAGCCCGUCGCGCGCAUUCGCUCUGCCGCGGCGGGAGGAUGGGAGGGCAUUGUCGGCGGCUGCGCUGUGGGCGCGUUGGCGACAAUCUACGAGGCUAUUAUCCGGAAGUAGACAUCUGUCUGCUGUCCGCCUGUCUGUCUGUUUGUUUGGCGCCGGCGAGUCCUCUUUGAAGGUCGAUUGAUGAAAAUACUCUUGUUCUGCUUAUGCGACUCUAUUUCAAUUCCCGCUGCUUUCUACUGUUUUCUCUUCGUUGCGGCUAUGUCGCGGUACCGCGGCCUCCCCCGCCCUGUCGCCUUCCUAUACCACAACUACACAUACCUACUUUAUUCCAUAGGGGCUGGGCCGGCGCGAGGCGUUUUGGAGUCAGGUUUUGGGGGGGUGGAAUGUGUAUAUGAAUGAUGUGGCCUGCUUGGGAAGCCUUGAUGGGUCUUGUUUUUGGGUCCUGUGUCUAUGCGGGUAUACUGUUUUUGUUUGGCUUUUUUGGAUUAUCUCUAGUUUUUUCGUGUUUUUUGCGUGAUUAAAGGGGGGUUGGUUUAUGAGGGAAUAAGUGGGGAUGGUAGGAUAGAGAAUGGCGUGGGAGAGAAGCGCGAAUCGUCCUAGCUAUUCAAAAAUCCAAGAAACUUAGCCGUUGCUCUACUGAAAAAUUCUAUAGAGUACCUUACUCGACACUUUCCGACAGGAUGGCUAGCCGAACACAUCGACGUGAAGCUAAGGCAAAUUGUCUUAAAUUGACUGAGCUAGAGGAGGGAGUAAUUAUUCGAGAUAUAUUUAAGCUAGAUGCAAGAGGAUUUGCGCCCUAGCUAGUGUAGCAAAUUAUAUCCUAGAAUCGCAUAGGGGACAACGCGUUAGCAAGAUCUAGGCACAUCGAUUUGUACAAUGACGUCUAGAGUUAAAGGCGCAUUUUAAUCGCGCGUACGACUUUCAAAGGGCCUUAUGCGAAGAUCCAAAAAUUAGAGCAUGGUUUCAACUAGUAGAGAAUAUACAGGCAAAAUACGGC